AUGCAACCCAAAUCCGCCAAGUCGAAUGAGAAAACAGCGGAGAUUGAAGUCUCUAGCUCGCAUGCUACCGUUAGCAAAGCUGACAUAAUAGCAUUGCUAGCCGAACACAGAUCGGCUCUGCUGGCUGAGCUAAAAAAUAGCUUCUUUGACAACGUGAAUAACAAACUGGAUGGACUUCAGAAAGUGUCAGAUAGCCACGGUGAGCGCCUAGAAUCAUUGGAGGAGAACGCUGACACAAUCUCCGAGCGCCUUGCUAAAGUGGAGAAUGUUUGUGAGUCGCUGCAUGCUGCUAAUGAGAAGCUAAGCUAUCUGAUAUCGAGUCAAGAAACAGACGUUGUAAUGCCCGUUUUGUCGGUCUACCGGAGGGAAUUGAGGGCCCACAGCCUUCAAAAUUGUUCUCGGCGCUGCUGCAAAAUGUUUUUGGCAAGGACAUUUUCCCUUCCCCUCCAGAGCUGGAUCGUGCACACUGUACUUUGGCCCCUAAACCGUCCCCGGGAGGCAGGCCUCGGCCUGUCAGUCUGCUUUCACCGCUACCAGAACAAGGAGCUACUGAUACGAGAAGCCAGGGGGAGGAAUGACCUCAAAUACAUGGACAAGCCUUUCCGAAUCUACGAAGACUACAGCCCUGAAGUGGUCAGCCAACGUAGAGAGUACAGGUCUGUUAUGGCGGACCUGUACAGGCUGGGUCUGCGGCCUUCAUUACAGUACCCGGUGCAACUACGCAUCACUGAGGCCGAUGGCGUGCGCCGCACGUUCGGCUCCGUGGUUGAAGCGGAAAGGUUUGUGGAACAUCUAAAGAAGGACUGA